UCACUUCAUCACAUUCUCAACUUCCAACUACUUCACAUACUCUUCUUCUCUCCCAGGUAACGACGUCAAAAACUACCGACAGACAUUUCGACGAUCCAUUUACGACACAAAAAAAGAAAUGGUGUGCUUUUGCUUUCUAGUGGACCAAACCCGACAAGUGAGGCGGUGCAAACCCGCGGCAGGGCUUUGUUCGCGUUGCGGCGGCGGCGCAAGUGUGGCGGACAUGAAGACCUCCACCAGGUUCUGCCAUGUUCCGUUCUACCGGAAAUCAUGGAAGGCCAUCAUGUGCACUUUCUGUGGAGCCAUUCUUAAAUCUUACCAGUGAACUUAUUUAGUUAGUUAGUUAAUUAAUUAUUGAGAUGAAACCAUAACAUUUAUUGAGUUCAUCAUGAUCUAAUGUUACGAAUUCUUAUUAUUAUUUUUUUUUUAAUUUAUUCUUUUCUUUCCUGAUCUUUUCGUUGACAUGAAUGAAAAUAUUAUUUUGAUU